AUGCGUCUCGGCCCGUGGCUCUCCGCGGCCGCCGCGAUGCUUCCCUCGGUAGCGGCCACCGUCGACAACCGGACGCUCGCCUACAAGCCACGGUUCAAGGAAGAAGUCGACAUGACGCCCACGCCGACACUCGUGUGGGACACCAGCCAGCGACGGAGCACCUUCUGGUACACGAACCGGGAUCCCGUGCCGAACAACUGGGUGGGCAUCUGGUACGCGCACGUCGGCGAGCCCGUCAACGGGACCAAGGUGCACCCGCCGCUGCGCUGGGCGUUUGCGCCCGGCAUGGACGACCGCGUGCACCUCGAGACCGACACGCUCCCGCGCGGCUUCGCCUACCGCGCGCUCUACCUCGCCGCCGACUCGUACCGCACCCUCGCCGACCCCGUCGAUCUCACCACCGGCGACCCCGGGCGCGACGUCGCCUGGCUCGCCGACGAGGUGACCCUUUCCCCGGCGCGACAGGGCCGGUACUGGUCGCACGACGUGCGCGGGCUCUUCCGCAUGGUCGGCGACCCGGCCACCGAGUUCCGCAUCACCUUCUCCAGCGCCGGCUGGACGCGCAUCACGCCCCGGGGCAUCCUCCACGGAACCCCCGACGCGCACACCAAGGGCGUCGCGCGCCUCGAGGUCCAGGCGGUCAACCCGAGCGGCCGGUACAACCAGAAGCGCAUGUUCAACCAGCGCGUCUGGCUGCGCGUGCGCGUGGCGGACCGCGACGAGCAGCCGGUGGUCAGCGAGCUGCGGGUGAUGACGUGGAACCUGUGGGAGGCCGGGUCGCACGCGGCGGAUCGGCACAGGAAGCAGGUGGCGGCCGUCGUGAAGACGGGGGCGGACGUGGUGGCGCUGCAGGAGGCGAGGGGGGAGGCGGACGGGGACGACGCGGCGCUGCGGCUGGCGGCGGCGAUGGGGUGGUGGGCGCUUAGCAGGCCGGGCGGCGCGGCGGUGAUUUCGCGGUACCCGAUCGUGGAGGCGCUGGAGGGCGGGCCGCGCGGCACCGCGGGCGUCAAGAUUGAGAUCCCGGGGGAUGAGCGGAGGCGGAUGGUGGUGUGGUCGGCCGCGUUCACAAGCGAAGCGGAGGAGGAGAGGUACGGCCCGCACGCGCUGUGCUGGAACAAGACGAGCGUGGCCGGGGUGCUGGAGAUGGAGGAGCGGUCCGGGAGGGUGGCGAGGGCGGAGGAGCUGGCGGAGACGCUGGCACCGUACGUGGCCAACGCGGAGACGGAGGCGGUCUUCGUGGCGGGCGGGUUCGGGUCCCCGUCGCACCUGGACUACACCGACGAGACGGCCCGGACGCACUGCGGCGCGGGGGCGGAGAUGGCAUGGCCGGUGUCGAGGAUCUUGGUGGGCGCGGGGCUAACGGACCUGUACAGGAAGGCGAGGCCGGAUCCGAAGGGGGAUCCGGGGAACACGUGGUCGGAGGUGCGGCGGGACGCGCUGCGGGGGCUGCCGGGGGAGACGGUGCCGGAGCCGCAUGACCGGGUGGACGUGCUGUACGGCGCGGGAGGGGAGGGGAUGAAGUUGACGCUGAGGGACAGCGUGGUGUUUCACUUGUUGAAGAACGGGUACGGGGUGCAUCCGGUGAGCGAUCCUCGGCACAAGUAUAACCUGUGGCCGUCGGAUCAUGACGCGGUGGUGACGUCGUUUUAUAUCAACGGGCAGCACACGUGGAAUAGCACGAGGGGGAAUAACAGCAUUGGGGAUGUUGGGUUGUUUGCAAGGAGAGGAUGA